AGGCUCCAGCCAUCAAAAGUCAGUCGACUGUACAGACAUGGGUAACUCUACAGGAUCCACCGUGGAAGAUCUCCAGGCUGUGGAGAAGCACCUCUGGUAUAAGAAGUUCAUGACUGAGUGUCCUUCGGGUCAGCUCACCCUGCAUGAGUUCAAGCAGUUCUUUGGGCUCCGGGGACUGGAUGCUGAAGCCAACGCCUACAUCGAGCAGAUGUUCCGCACGUUCGAUAUGAACAAGGAUGGCUACAUAGACUUCUUGGAGUAUGUGGCUGCUCUGAGCCUGGUGAUGCGAGGUAAAAUGGAACAUAAGCUCCGCUGGUACUUUAAACUGUAUGAUGUGGACGGCAACGGGUGCAUUGAUCGAAGUGAGCUGCUAAACAUCAUAAAGGCUAUCCGUGCAAUCAAUGGGAACGAAAACCAGGAAGUUGAUGCAGAGGAGUUCACCAACCGGGUGUUUGACAAGAUAGACGUCAAUGGAGAUGGGGAGCUGUCUUUGGAGGAGUUUGUGGCAGGGGCUCACACUGACGAAGACUUCAUGGAAGUAAUGAUGAAGACCUUGGAUCUCACUCACAUAGUCGCCAUGAUCCACAAUCGGAGGCACAGUGUUUAGAGUCUACCCUCAGAAGCCUCCAUCGUAAUAGACUUCCGAAGGGCCACAUAGGAACUGAGCUAUGAGCCCUCAAAAGAUCUAGCCCAGAUUUGUAUAAAGACAAUCUUUAUCUUAGCAAUGCUGAAGGGCCAUGCUUUGAAUGCAUUCUUUGUCAGAAUUCACAAGAGGUUGAAUGACGAUGAAAAAUUCCCUUUGCCUGCAUACAAAUAACUCAGUCAACCAUCGCUGGCUGGUUAGUGCCCUUGUGCAUGAUCUAAAUCUGAGAGAGGUCUGCAUGAUGAGAGAUUUCUCACACCGUCAGCUGAACCGGAG